AUGAAAAAUGCAGUCUCUACUGGAGCAAGCCCUUUGAGGGUUACCAACUCUCACUACCUCCCUCUCGCCCGGGCACCAGUUGUUUCACCAAAACUAACUGCUGUGCUCGCAGCGUGCUCUGACAGCCAGGCAGCUGGCUGGCUUCACAGCCUGCCGGGCGCUCCCUCCUUUCACUCUGGCGCUACGCCGCCAAAAAAAGAAGGAAACCCACCCCCGGCGCCUCCGACAGGCGGCCCGGGAAGGCGACACAGCUUCUUGCAGGAGGCUGCGAGCGGGGACGUGGCGCUGCCGCCGGCCCGGGCCGGGCCCGGCCCCAGCCCGCGCUACCUGCAUCGGGCCGCCCAGGGACGCCGCGCUGCCUUGCCGGACCUGAGGCGGGCCGCACCGCUAAAGGGCCGCCGCGACUCCUCAAAAUGGCGUCCGGGCAGCAGGGAGGGCUGGGUCCGAGCCGCCCGGGCAGACAGGGGCAGCUCGUGUACUUCGGCGGCCGGCAGUGUUCUCCGGCAACGGCGGCGGCACCGCCCGGGCUUCCCUACGUUCGGGCGUGGCGGGUCAGCGGCGUGUAUGGACCACCACGCUCUGCUGCCUGUUCCUCGUGCUUUGACCGAAGGGGAUCGCUCAGGCUCUCCUUCCAUGCUCGUGUCCGCUGAAGUGAGGCUGCUGUUGUGGGAGUUCUUCUGCUGAGUGUAAAGGAAAACAUGACCAUAGGUGGAAACAGAAUAUAUAAUGUUUUGGUUUAAAUUCAUUGCCCUCAGUACUGACAGAAACAUUAAAUGGAAGCACAUUGAUGAUUGCCCAUUCAAGACUAGGGACUGUUGCAAAACUGGAAUAAAUGAAAACUCAUAAUUAGAUCUAGAGGAAAACACUUUCAGGAAAGGAUA